CAUGAGUGGCCUGUCAUCCGGGUUUUCCUGGACACACAAGAGUGCUACAUGGACACAGAGAAGAACUUCAUCAGGCGGACAAGCAUCUCGGAUAGAUGAGUCUGGAGGAAUCUGGUCGGCCUCUACCCAAGUUUGGCGAAUGGGACGUCAACGACCCAGCUUCUGCUGAUGGAUUUACAGUCAUCUUCAACAAAGCCAGAGAUGAGAAAAAGGCUGGGAAUGGACAAGAUACCGAAUCCCCUUGCAAAGACGCCAGGACUGAGAGGGUGGAGUCCUACGCCACCAAGGCGAAUUCAAAGAAAUGGUUUUGCUGCGUGACACCCAGUCCUACACAAUCUUGAAGUGUCACCUGAAGAAAUGGUCGCGAAAAGUAUGGUCCUUUGAUUUUGCUGUAUACAUACUAUCCAUAAGAUCCUUGUAAGAGGUACCUGCGCCGCCACGAUGGGUAUCUCGUAAAACUCUGAAGUGUGUGUAUCUAUGGUUUGAGGGUUGUCAGACACAGAUUUGGUUGGAUAAGUGAACUUCUGAUUGUAA